AUGAGCCUUGGAGACACAAUUAAAGAAAACAACGAUGCAUCAUUGCAAGAUAAAACAAAGGCCAUGAUUUUCCUCCAGCGCCAUAUUAGUGAGGAACUGAAAACUGAAUACCUCACUGAAAGAGAUCCACUUUGUUUGUGGAAUAAUUUGAAAGAAAGAUAUGAUCAUCAAAAAACAGUCAUCCUCCCAAAGGCCAGGGCUGAUUGGCUGCAACUGAGGUUGCAAGAUUUUAAAACUGUGGCUGAAUAUAACUCUGCUCUAUUCAAAAUCAGCUCUAUAUUGAAAUUAUGUGGUGAUACUGUUACUGAUGAACUUUUGCUAGAAAAAACAUUCACCACAUUUCACGCCUCGAAUGUACUCUUGCAACAACAAUAUCGAGAACGUAGAUUUAAAAAAUAUUCAAAGCUGAUAUCAUGUUUGCUUGUGGUAGAGCAAAAUAAUGAUCUUUUAUUGAGAAACCACCAGUCCUAUCCAACUAGAUCGAUACCGAUCCCUGAAACAUAUGUUGCCUCAUCCCGUGGUCGUGGACGUGGUCGUGGUGGUAGAAAUGAAUAUGAGAGAUCCACACCAUAUCCUCAAAGGAGAGAUCAUCAUGAAAUGAAACAGGGAAAAGGGAAGGAUGUGGCUCAACCUUCCAAGGCACACGAUAAUACUUGUUAUCGGUAUGGCAUGACAGGAUAUCUUAAACCCUUGACAGGUGAUGUCUUUAAAGCACGAUUUGCUGACUGUCAUUUUGAUGAGACUGUUUUCCCACCAUUAGGGGAAGAAAUGGCACAGCAACAACGUGAUCUUACUUGA